AUGCGCCGCGCGCCCCGCCGCUGCCUGCUGCUCGCGGUCGCCUCGCUCGGCGGCGGCCUCGCCUUGCCGACUGGCGCGGGCGAGGCCGCGGCCGCCGCCCCGGGCGGCGGCGAGGAGAGCGUGCACGGCGGCGGCGGCGACGCCAGCUGCGACGCGCCGUCGCUGCUGCAGCCCGCGCGGGCGGGCUUCGGCGCGCGCCGUGCGGAGUCCAGCGAGGCGUCCACUUGCGGCGAUGUGCGGAGGCGGCGCCGCCAAAGCACCUGCGGUUGCCGCCGCCGCGUCGGGGUGAAUGAUCUGAACGAUCCAGACUCGGCCUGCAUCGGGGACGCAAUCUCGACGAUCCCACGCGACGCGGACGGUUUUGUCAACCUUACGGUCAUGCUGGAGUGGGUGUACCAGGAGCCCAUCAUCGCAAAUUUAAUGAAUUUCCCGGCGGCUGUUUGCCAGGAUCGUAGCCAUGUGUUCUUUAAUUGCCGCGUGCUGCAACCAAACGAGUCGAUGUCUAUCGAAUCGAGUUUGCCAUAUUACAUGUAUGCUGUAUUGGGCAACGAGACGCCGGGCAACUGGGAAAACUUGCGUGACGUAACGAGCUUGAUCGGCAAGAUGAUGGGCCCAGUUGCGAUACUCAGCGCGGCAUUCACAGGCGGGGCAUCUGCAGCAGCGUACGUUGCUGUGCAGCAGGUGAUGACGAAACAGGUCACCGGCGUUGCAGCGAAUCAGAUAGAAAAGCGCAUCGCGACGGAGGGCGUCGACUCCGUUGCUCAGAACGUGUCCGAAGAGCUGGAAGAGAAAGUGCCAGCGAUGCUGUCUGGUUGGUCCACAUUGCUAGGGCCGGGCCGGAAGUAUCUUAAAAUUAUCGGCGGUUUGGGCGGCGACGUGGAGCAAGACAGUCCCUCUCCCACCGACCUGCAGAUCGUUGAAAUUUCGAAAGAUGAGUUUGCGAAGCUCAAUGUGAUUGCAAUUUUGCCAGAGCGCUAA